AUGGUUCUUAACAAAGACCCAGGUGUUUAUCAUCUCUAUAAUGAGAUAGAGGACUUUGUAGAUCCUGUCCUUCCUAUCUCAGAGCCUCCAUCCUCUCUAUUGCCAGAGACCAUGCUCACAGAGGCCACCAAAGACCCAGAAGUUUGGAGGCUCAUUAACAAGAUAGAGGACUUUGUGGAUCCCAAUCUUCUGACCCUUUUGAUAAGUUCUUGGCUAAAUCAUUCUUAUGGGAGCGUUUUGCACCAUGAUACCCUUCUGAAUUAG